ACUCUCUCGUUUCCGUCCCCGCCAUUAAUGGGCGGCGGUGUACGGACGGGAGUCGCUCGUUCGGAUUCUCCCUCUCCCUCCACUCUGAUUGCCACUCAAUCACCGGAUGACGGCCACUCAUUCGCGUUCGAUCAGCGCCUCGAAGGUAGCUCUUGGAACCCGGAGACUUGGUAAAUGCUGUUGCUGGAUGACGACGAGCUAAAAGGCCUCAUUUUGAAUUUGAGCACAGUGGAUGAGGUCGGAGAAUAUUUCUCAGCUGCUAAUUUGGUCUUCUGAUGCUGGUUUGGCGCCUAACACUCGAGGAAGAAGGGCAAAAACGGAGCUUCUCCAAGAAUCGGUGGAAAAGGAUUGACACUUAUGAUCGGUGUAAAGAGGAAAAGAAAAGGAGGAGACUUGGUACUGUUUCGGAUCUCGCAUCAUUUCCCAGUCUGCUGACGAGUGGAAAAGAAAUAAGGCGAAUGGGGAACAAAGGAGGAGGCUAAGGCGACAGGAAAAUGAUAAAGAGAUCGGUGGGCCAAACGGAUGAGAUUCAUGGAAUAUAAUAGUGAGAUAAUCCACAAAGGAAAACAUUAAUUUAAUCGCCGGAUAUCCUGUGAAAAUCCUGGAAUUCGAUUCAGUUGUUGCUUCGAGAAAGGAGGGGUUGUCUUGAAUACCUCCUCGUCCCCAUUCUAUUGCACUCCAAACAGUUCUUUUUCUCUUCGGCUCUGCUGCUAAACCUCACCACUUGUUAAUUGAUAUCAGAGCAGAUGAGCUAUCUGGAUUUUUCCUCAAUUCCCAAAAAAAUCUACCAAAGAUCUGAAGAAAAAGUUCGUAGUUGGAUGAGUUAGACAAUGAAGAAGAAGUCGCCAAGCUGCACUUAGUUCACUUUCCCGCAAAAGGGAAAGCAAAGGGUUUAAAAAGUUGUCUUUUAUCACUUUGUACGAACGGGCUGCAGAGAAAGAAGAAGAAAAGGGAAGGCGAGGUUGGGUGUUGGCCUCUGGUGGUAUGGGUUUGGGAACGGUGGCGGAAGGUGACAAGAGGUGGUGGUGGAACCGAAAUGUGAUCAUGGUACUGUGGAUGAUGCUUUCAGUAGGUUUUUGCAUAGGCUUACAUUGUCAUAUGAGGACAGAAAGCUUGAGAAAGGCAGGGGAGACGCUGACGAGCAUGUGCGAAGAGAGGGCAAGGAUGCUGCAGGAGCAGUUUGCUGUGAGUGUCAACCAUGUGCACGCUCUAGCGAUCCUUGUUUCGACCUUUCACUACCAGAAAAACCCACCAGCCCUCGAUCAGGUGACAUUUGCGAAUUACGCGGCAAGGACAUCUUUUGAGCGGCCGUUGUUGAACGGAGUAGCUUAUGCACAACGGGUUGUCCAUGCUGAGAGAGAACUGUUUGAGAAUCAGCAGGGGUGGAUGAUCAAGACUAUGAAUCGGGAGCCAUCUCCUGUGCAAGAUGAGUAUGCGCCUGUGAUUUACUCUCAGGAGACUGUAUCCUACAUUGAAGCCCUUGAUAUGAUGUCUGGAGAGGUGCACUGGAACCAAGAGGAUCGUGAAAAUAUCUUAAGGGCUAGAGCUACUGGAAAAGCUGUACUUACAAGGCCCUUCAGACUUUUGGAGUCUAACCAUCUGGGCGUGGUUUUAACAUUCCCUGUAUAUUUGUCAGGUCUUCCAGAUGAUGCUACAGCUGAAGAGCGUGUGAAGGCAACUGCUGGAUACCUUGGAGGAGCCUUUGAUGUUGAGUCUCUUGUGGAAAAUCUAUUGCACCAGCUUGCUGGUAAUCAGGAAAUUGUGGUCAAUGUGUAUGAUGUUACAAAUGCAUCUGAACCCUUAACGAUGUAUGGAGUUCAUCUUCCUGAUGGGCACAUGUCACUCUCACAUGUCAGUAUGCUUGACUUUGGAGAUCCAUUCAGGAAACACCAAAUGAAGUGCAGGUACCGAAAGAAACCUCCGGUUUCACUAUCAUCCAUCACUACACCAUCUGGUAUAUUUGUGAUUUGUAUGCUGGUAGGUUACAUAGGUUAUGCUGCUUGGAGUCACUAUGACAAUGUUAAGGAAGAUUUUCGUAAAAUGGAAGAGUUAAAAAAGCAAGCAGAGGCUGCAGAUGUUGCUAAGUCUCAGUUUCUUGCUACUGUCUCUCAUGAAAUCAGAACACCUAUGAAUGGAGUUCUUGGUAUGCUUGAUAUGCUUUUGGAUACAGACCUGAAUUUAACUCAGAUGGAUUAUGCACAAACUGCUCAAGUCUGUGGAAGAGCACUGAUAUCAUUAAUUAAUGAAGUACUUGACCGUGCAAAAAUUGAAGCUGGCAAGUUAGAAAUAGAGUCGGUUCCAUUUGACCUGCGAUCCAUCCUAGAUGAUGUGAUAUCAUUAUUUUCUGCAAAAUCAAGAGAAAAAGGAAUAGAGCUUGCCGUUUAUGUUUCUGAUAGAGUUCCUACCAUUCUCACUGGUGAUCCUGGGAGAUUUCGGCAAAUAAUUACAAAUCUUGUUGGUAACUCAGUCAAGUUUACAGAGCGUGGUCACGUUUUUGUCCAAGUUCAUCUCGCUGAGCAUGUGAAAAUGGUGAUAGAUGCAAAAACAGGUUUAAAUGGGCAUGCCAAUGAAGUGAACAUUACAUCAGCAACUACUGUGUUUAGUACAUUAAGUGGUCUAGAAGUUGCUAAUUCUAGAAAUACAUGUGAAAGCUUUAAGAUGCUACUCUCACACGGGGCAUCUCUGUCCUGCACAUUUGGAAGUGGGUCUGUUCCUGAAAGCAUUGCUGAUAAAGUAACUCUGAUGGUUAGUGUUGAAGAUACAGGGAUCGGGAUCCCAGUACAUGCUCAAGAUCGGGUUUUCGCACCUUUUAUGCAGGCUGAUAGCUCAACUUCCCGGAAUUAUGGUGGAACUGGUAUUGGCUUGAGCAUCAGUAAGUGUCUGGUUGAACUGAUGGGUGGGAAAAUGAACUUUACUAGUCGACCUCAUGUUGGAAGCACAUUCACAUUCACUGCGGUCCUCCAGAAAUGUGGAAAAAGUUCUGGUGUUGAUACAAAGAGAUCUCUUUCUGAAGUAUUGCCUACCUGUUUUAGAGGAAUGAGGGCAAUCUUAGUUGACAGACAACCGGUUAGAGCUGCUGUGACAAAAUACCAUCUGCGAAGGUUGGGCAUAAUCACUGAAGAUGUCAGGACUAUCAAUGAGGCACUUCAUACACUCUCUGGACAAAAUGGUUAUUUAAAUUCUAGUCAACCUGGAAAACAACCAUCCAUAUUCUUGAUUGAAAAAGAUUCAUGGGAUCCCAAAAUCGAUUUUCAUAUUCGGAAUCAACUCUUACAAAGGAAAGAGGCUGGUCACAUAGAAGAUGUACCGAAGGUUGUUCUUUUCCUGACCACUGAAUCUGAUAAAACAAGAGCUGGAUCUCAUGCAGACAGUAUAAUCGUGAAGCCUCUUCGUGCAAGCACUAUAGCAACAUGCUUUCAGCAGAUGCUAGGGAUGGGAAAAUGUCAAAAUAAAGAUAUAGUUAAUAAUUCAGCUUCCCUUCGUGGCUUGUUGGAUGGAAAGAAUAUAUUGGUGGUUGAUGAUAAUAAGGUAAAUCUGAGAGUUGCUGCUGCUGCACUGAAAAAGUAUGGCGCCAAGGUCGAGUGUGUUGAAAGUGGCAAAAGUGCUCUUUCCUUGCUCCAACCCCCACACAAGUUUGAUGCUUGCUUCAUGGAUGUGCAGAUGCCAGAGAUGGAUGGGUUUGAGGCAACACGGCAGAUACGCAUAAUGGAGAGCACGGCAUAUAAAGAAGCUUCCCCAGACGACGGUUCGGUGAUGGCUAUAAGGCACCUACCUAUCCUAGCAAUGACUGCUGAUGUUAUCCAAGCAACAUAUGAGGAGUGUGUGAAAUGCGGAAUGGAUGGGUAUGUCUCCAAGCCCUUUGAGGAAGCUCAGCUUUAUCAAGCAGUUGCCAAAUUUGUAGUUUCGCAACAAAUUCCUGGCUCUUCAUAGCAUUUACAGGAGCACAUGCUCUACAUCCAAGGAAUCCAAUUCUGGAAACUGGCACAUGAACUAGUUCUUUCCUGAGCGACCUUUCGGAAAUUGACAGGCUGUUGAGAAGUUCUCUCUUAGGGAUUCGAAGCGGCAACUUGGUUUUAAGAUUUAAUCUUCCUCCACGAUCAUCCGUCUUUAUAACUUCCGACUAGGCUGUAGUAAAUCUGAAACUAGCAGCAUCAAAGGUUUAAACACUGAGCUAGGGUUACAGUAUAGUCAUUAUUCAUGUAAUCUAGAUGAUAUGUGGCAAUGUGAAAUAUUUGAUACCAUGCCAUUUCAGUGUAAAUUGUAGUUGUUCAUGCUGAUUCUUUAAUCAAGAACUCUAGUGAGCAUAAUUUUUAUCUGUAA